CUUACUUCCGUCUUCGCCAAACAGCCCUCGCCAGACUAAACCAGCGGUGUUUUGACUGAGCCAAACGAAGCGGCUAACACUCACUCUCGUUCACUGUCUUUCUUCGAGCAUUAAUUUUACUUCAGUGUCAAUGUAAUAACAAUAUAGGCCUGUCUACUUUAAACGCAAGCUCAUAACAGCGCAGCCUGCCGUACAUGCGGAGUGUUUUGGUGCGCAUGCGCACUGUUCGGUUACUUAGCUACUUGCUAGCUAAGACCGAACACAGGUCAAACGGAUUACUGACAAGUGGUGACACAGUUUACGUCAAAUAUGAAUCAUCGCUUUAUCAACUAAGAUUUUCAAUCGUUUCGUUGUUGUUGUCGUCGUCGUCGUUGUUGUUGUUAUACCUUCGACAGCAGCGUGUAGUCUCGCUGCGUCUGCUCCAGCCUCGUUUCUACCGGCAGCACAGACGGUGUCCAUCUUGACCUCCUACUAUCUUUGACUGGCUCGCCGGUGUCGCUGCCUCGCUCAGUGGUCUUCAAAUAAACAGCCAACGGGGCUCCGCAGCGCCACCAGCUGGACGGGAUGAACAGCUCUCCCCUUACACGUUGCUAGGAUACUGCAUAGCAAGUUUUGCUCCAAAUCAAGAGCCGCAGCAAAUUGCGUGUUGCCAAUUUGUGGGAGAAACAAGUUAUUGGAAGUUGGACAAAAUGGUUAAAAAUGCAAAGAGGACUCUCUAAAUUAGUUUUUGGACAGAGCCGGUCUGCCCAGCGUCUCCGGCCCCGGGCGAUACUCCGCCGGAGAGGAGCAGGCCCCAAUCUGUGGCUCGUUGUGCGCGGAAAGGCGGUGGACCUGAACCAGAGACCGAAUUUGCCCACAAGAAAAAAAGAAAAUCGUAAGCUUGAUUCCAGAUCAAAUGAAUCUGAAAACAAAGCGAAGACAGAUGGCGGCGUAUCAGUUACUCCCCGUGGCAAUACACUCGACGGUCCCUUGCUGAUGCGGUUACAUUGUGUUGAUGAGCCGUCUGAGCUGUGUGUUGUUAACAUCAGCGAGCAGAGGCUGGAUUCUGUCGAGCCGGACGACCUCAAGGAGUUUGACAGCGUGGCUUACAUCAAUGCAUUUGUUAACUCCUUGUCUUUAGGGUCUUUCAGCAGUUUUUGCUCUUUGAUAGAGCUCGAUCUCUCUCUGAACGGCAUUCGCAACAUGGCUUUUGAUGCUGCUGACUUUCCUCACCUCGAGGUUUUGGAUCUGUCCUACAACCAUCUCUCUGCUGAUGACGUUGCCUCCCUCGGUCGACUUCCACGGCUGAAAGUGCUUGAUCUGUCUGCGAAUGAGCUUCAGCAGCUUCCUUCUAACCUGGGCUCCUCAAACUCAGACCUCACACAGCUGCCAACUAAAAAAGAAGACGCACCAUUCAGAGCUCUUGAAGUCCUCAUGCUCGAUGGAAACAAUCUGGCCUCCGGGGUCUUCAGCAGUCUUGCCAACCUGAGAAGGCUACGGUAUUUGAACCUGCAGGGGAAUCGCAUCUCAGAAAUACCAGAUUUGGUGUGGAGGGACAGAAUGAAACGCCUGCAGACCCCCAACACGCGCCAAAACAAAGGACAGGGACUCGACAACAUGGAGUCGAAUCCUACUAAUGAGAAUUUCAAGGGAACAUCAGAGCUCGUAGGAUACGUCAGUCACAUGCUUGACGGAUCUGGUUUGCCACUGCCGGAGCUUCAGUUCCUCAAUUUAGCAGCAAAUAAGAUUGCAGAGGAGGAAGCACUGCUGGCUGUGGGGCUUUUCCCGAAGCUCAGUGAAAUUGUCAUUCACUCCAACCCACUGACCACGCUGAGAUGUGGAGGCCUUCCUUUACUGAUGCUGUGCCUUCAGGAAAGACUGGGUAUAACAGUAAAGCAUAAGAAGACACAAGACGAUUUAAAGCCCUCACUGAGAGUGUGCAAUGACCCAACAUGGAAGGUGAAAGAAAGGAUCCCAAAGAUGCCAAGGAACACGCCAUUAAUGGAAGCACGUCCAAGAUCUCUCCUCAGUUCUCUAGGGGAGAAACAAGAUGCAUCAAAUCAUUUUUCACAAACUAAGAUUGAGGAGGGUGUGAGGACUGUUAUGAGACGAUCCAAGGCCAAGAACAGUGAAACCUGUCAAAAUGCAGAGCUGUUCUUUUUGACUCAGGCAACAGACGAACAGACGACAGACAAAAAUUAUGAGCCCGGCCUGCCCUCUGAUGAGAAAGAAAAAGCCAAGAACCUGGAGAGGACCGAGGAUGAUGCCAUUCCUGAGCAAUUCGAAGGCUACAGAAUGUUGAUGGAUGCAGAACCAAAUCCUGAUGUGGUGGUACCCAUAGGAAUUCAAACAGCUACUCGAAUGUUGGAGCACACAAUGAGGAAUCUCAUAGUUUUCAGAGAGCCAUACAGAGAAAGACACAGAAAGAUUAAGAAGCUUCCAAAUGCAAAAUACAAAAGGGUUGAAGAAAUGCUCAAGGAAAUCAAAGAGAGUAAAACAUUAAAAGGAAUCGCCUUAAGCAGUGUCUUGCAUGGCACAAGUGUUAACAAGCAAGAAUAUAGAGAAGCUCUGUCGCUACUGAAGGAUUUAAAGGAAAAGUUCAAGAUGGUCCACAAAACAAUGACGGAGGAAGCAGCCCGCCUUGAGUCUGAGAGGAACCCCAACCAGAAGUAGAAACAGCUGAGCCUCCACCUGAGCAGCUGCUCUCAUCCAUUUAUUGAAGUCUGAUAGUUACUCAGCUAAACUGUGUUUUCCUCCUCGCAGUCUUGAAUCACUUUGGUGUUGUAGGGGUGAAUUCUUGACUAGACCCGAAUACACACUGAGUAGAAAACCAACCAUAUGUCCAAAAUAAAACACACAUUUGUGAAUGAA